UUGGAAAGAGGUGAAACACCAAAACACGCGAAUCAAGGCAGCAUCAAAGAGGGUCACUGUUCGGCUACACAAUGUGACAAUAAUCCAACAUUGUCCUACGCUAGUACAAGUAAUCUCAGCCGUCAUAAACAGACUCAUCGUCCGUUAGAUAGCGAAUAUGCGAAACAAUGCCCACAUUGUGAUCGAGUCUACGUUAGUAUGCCAGCCCUCAGUAUGCAUAUUCUUACUCACAAGGCCAACCAUAAGUGUGACGUGUGCGGGAAGGUUUUCUCAAGAUUAUGGUUGUUACAGGGCCAUCUGCGUUCGCACACUGGCCAACGACCAUUUGGAUGCGCUCAUUGUGGAAAAAAUUUUGCUGAUCGGAGUAAUCUCAGAGCUCAUAUUCUCACUCAUACGGGCGAGAAGAAAUAUUCUUGUCAGAAAUGUGGACGUCGAUUCGCUCUACGCAGUUAUCUGAAUCGGCACACCGAGACGUCGUGCAAGCAAGAAGACGUGUGGCAACAGAGAUGUGGUUUUCCAGCCAGAAUUUUGCCAAGGGUACAAGAUACCACAGAUGGAGCAACUCCGUAG